ACAGGUGGUCACUUAACAAAACCGUAACUGCAUUAACAGAUUCCCCCACCCUAGGUGACAAUAGUUGGGGGACCACUAUCCUGGGGUAGGAGGUACUGGGGGAAAUGUGUGUAUGGAGAGGAGGAGGCACCAGGAGACCAAACUGUGCACUCCAGAGACUCUUGUAGCUUAGAUUACAGUUGUGCUUUAGGGCACCGGGGAUGUUGGGUGGUAGGUCUCGCGUAUACCCCCGGAGGGCAGGUGUGUGUUAGUUGAGCGAAUCAAUCAGCCGGAGUGGGUUGCACCCCUGGGUCAAGCUGCUUCGGCCACUAUCCUCCCUCCCUUCUCUGCCCGCUUGCAGCAGGUGCCCGGAAUCCUCCGACUCUGUUGCCAAGCGCGCCCGUUGUCUGGAAUCACAGCUCCUCUCUGCAUCUCCCCCCCCCCCAUAGCUGCCCCCGCAUCCCAGCGCAACAGGCAAAGGGAAGCAGACAAAAGGGACCGUGUGCCUUUAAGGCGUCCUGCUUGGCGAUCCCGGUCAGGAGCGCAGGGAGCGGGGCGAGCCUUGUGGAUCCGGGCUAGAGGGCGUUUACUCUGGACAACGCAGGGAGGAGGGGACGGGCCCAGAGCGAGCAGGCAGGAAUGGAGAGGAGGCGAAGACGGAGCUGGGGGGACGCGCUGUAAACAUAGAGCAAAGGGUUGGAGAAGGAUCCGCUUGGCAGAGAGAGGGAGAGAUCGUCGCUUGCUACCCCCUCCCCCGCCCCACCCGCGGGAGAGGAGGGCCCUGCCGUGCCCAGAGACGGCCCAGCCGCAAGGAGGUUGCAGCCACAGCUCAAUGCUGAAGAGGAAAUAAGAAAUUCCCCUCGCAGUUUCUGCUUUGUCUUCCCUACGGUGAUCCAUGUCGCCUCAUCGUGCCCAGUUCCGAGUGGCCUUCCAGUAUGUCCUGGUUUAGCGGCAUCCUGGUGCCCAAAGUGGACGAGCGGAAGACUGCUUGGGGGGAGCGCAAUGGGCCCAAGCGCCAUCGCCCGGCACUUUGUGGCCCGCGCUACAUGAGCUGCCUACAGGACCCGGAGCUGGAGCGUGGAGGCAGUGGGGGGCUGGGGCUGAACUGUUCAUGGCAGGAGGACCACUAUGGCAAGAAGCAGCCGCCGCCGCCACUUCCGCUUGGUACUGGAACAGGGGAUUUGGGACUCAAAGCCGUGGACCUGGGCUUCGAGGAUGGGAGCGGCCCAGCGGGUGAGGCCAAGGGGCUCUCGGCCGGUGAUUGUGGCCGGCGCCUCCUGCAGGUGUUCCGCUCCAAGCGCUUCCACUCGGCCAAGCUGGAGCGCCUCUAUCAGCGCUAUUUCUUCCAGAUGAACCAGAGUUCAUUGACGGUGCUCAUGGGAGUCUUGGUGCUGGCUUGUGGCAUCAUGUUGCUGUUCCACUGUGUGCCUGGUGCCCCCCGUGUGCCCUAUGCCACUGCCCUUGCUGUGGCGGCUGCCCUCUUUCUCUCCCUCAUGGUCCUCUGCAAUCGGACUGGCUUCCACCAGGACUGCAUGUGGGCUGUGAGCUACCUGGUCAUUGGGGCAUUGUGUGGGGUGCAGGUGCUGGGCACGCUUCUGGUCUUGCCACGUAGUGCCUCUGAGGGGGUCUGGUGGAGCGUCUUCUUCAUCUACAUCAUCUACACCCUCCUGCCCGUGCGCAUGCGAGUGGCAGUGCUGGCCGGAGCCUUGCUGUCUGUGCUUCACCUGGUAAUCUCUUGGCAUCAGAACAGGACAGACUCCUUCCUUUGGAAGCAGCUUGGUGCCAACAUUUUGAUCUUCCUUUGUACCAAUGUCAUUGGCAUCUGCACCCACUACCCAGCUGAGGUGUCGCAGCGCCAGGCCUUCCAAGAGACCCGUGGCUAUAUUCAGGCGCGGCUACACUUGCAACGUGAAAACCGUCAGCAGGAGCGGCUCUUGCUAUCAGUACUGCCCCAGCAUGUUGCCAUGGAGAUGAAGGAGGACAUCAACACCAAGAAGGAGGAUAUGAUGUUCCACAAGAUCUACAUCCAGAAACAUGACAAUGUCAGCAUUCUGUUUGCUGACAUUGAGGGUUUCACUAGCCUGGCAUCCCAGUGCACGGCACAGGAAUUGGUCAUGACGCUGAAUGAGCUUUUUGCCCGUUUUGACAAGCUGGCUGCGGAGAAUCAUUGCCUACGUAUCAAGAUCCUUGGUGACUGCUACUAUUGUGUCUCGGGACUGCCAGAACCACGGACAGACCAUGCCCAUUGCUGUGUUGAGAUGGGCGUUGACAUGAUUGAGGCCAUUUCGCUGGUACGUGAGGUGACGGGGGUGAAUGUGAACAUGCGUGUCGGGAUCCACAGUGGGCGUGUACAUUGUGGAGUGCUGGGGCUGCGCAAGUGGCAGUUUGAUGUGUGGUCCAAUGAUGUCACCCUGGCCAACCACAUGGAGGCUGGUGGCAAAGCUGGGCGGAUCCACAUUACACGGGCUACGCUGCAGUACUUGAAUGAGGACUACGAAGUGGAGCCUGGGCAUGGGGGUGAGCGCAAUGCCUACCUUAAGGAGCAUAACAUCGAGACCUUCUUCAUUGUGGGCUGCAGCCAGAAACGAAAAGAGGAGAAGGCCAUCUUAGCCAAGCUACAACGCGCCCAGGCUAAUUCCACUGAAGGGCUGGUGCCUCGCUGGGUGCCUGAGCGCUCAUUUCCCCGGACCAAGGACUCCAAGGCCUUCCGACAGAUGGGUAUUGAUGAUUCCACCAAAGACAACCGAAGCACACAGGAGGCCCUGAAUCCUGAAGACGAGGUUGAUGAGUUUCUGGGCCGUGCCAUUGAUGCUCGAAGCAUUGACCAGCUACGCAAGGACCACGUCAAACGUUUUCUGCUCACUUUCCAGAAACCAGAGUUGGAGAAAAAGUAUUCCAAAAAGGUGGAUACCCGCUUUGGGGGCUACGUGGCUUGUACCAUGCUUGUCUUCUGCUUCAUCUGUUGUAUCCAGAUUGUCAUCUUCCCACACUCCCCUCUGAUGCUUGGCGCCUACAUCAGCAUCUUCAUCGUCCUGGCCACUAUCCUUUUUGUCUGUGCCAUCUACUCCUGCCUUGGCCCUUUUCCAGCCGCCUUGCAGCGUGUCUCCCGCAAGAUUAUCCAAUCCCGAAUCAACAGCACUGUCACUGGUGUUGCUGCCAUCCUGCUUGUCUUUGUCUCUGCUUUUGUCAACAUGUUUGCUUGCAGCCGGCUCCGGCUCCAAGACUGUGCUGCCAGGUUUCUCAACGUUACUCCAGCUUCUGUGGGGCCUUGCCAUCUCCGUGCCCUCAACUACUCAUUGGCAUGGGAUACUCUGCCUUGUGAGGGGAAUGGUGCUUCUAGCUGCAGCUUCCCUGAGUACUUCACUUACUCGGUGCUGCUGAGUCUACUGGCUUCCUCUGUUUUCCUGCACAUCAGUAGCCUUGGGAAGUUGGCGCUGCUGGUGGGGAUGGAGGCUGUGUACCUGGCCCUGGCUGAGGGCCCCCAGGGGGUGUUGUUUGACAACUACGACUUGCUGGUGGCUGCUAAUGCCCUGCCAGCCUUCAAUGAGACCCACGGCAGUCAAGAUUGCUCUACAGAGGGAAAAGUAGCUCUCCAGUACAUGACACCUGUCAUUUUGCUGCUUUUUGCUUUGGCACUCUAUCUGCAUGCCCAGCAGGUGGAGUCUACAGCCCGUCUAGACUUCCUCUGGAAACAACAGGCUACAGGUGAGAAAGAGGAGAUGGAGGAGCUGCAGGCCUACAAUCGUCGGCUGUUGCACAACAUCUUGCCCAAAGACGUGGCUGCUCACUUCUUGGCCCGCGAGCGCCUCAAUGAUGAGCUGUAUCACCAGUCGUGCGAGUGUGUUGCAGUCAUGUUUGCCUCAAUCAGUAACUUCUCAGAGUUCUAUGUGGAGCUGGAAGCCAACAACGAGGGUGUUGAAUGCCUGCGACUGCUCAAUGAGAUCAUUGCUGACUUUGAUGAGAUUAUCAGUGAUGAGCCAUUCAGGCAGCUGGAGAAGAUAAAGACGAUUGGUAGUACCUACAUGGCGGCUUCAGGGCUAAAUGACAGCACCUAUGAUCGUGACGGGCGCUCCCAUAUUACAGCACUGGCUGACUAUGCUAUGCGACUCAUGGAACAGAUGAAAUAUAUCAAUGAACAUUCUUUCAAUAACUUCCAAAUGAAAAUUGGGCUAAACAUUGGGCCGGUGGUGGCCGGGGUGAUUGGAGCCCGAAAGCCACAGUAUGACAUUUGGGGCAACACGGUGAAUGUGUCUAGCCGUAUGGACAGCACUGGUGUCCCUGACCGUAUUCAGGUGACAACUGACCUUUAUCAGGUAUUGGCAGCCAAAGGUUAUCAGCUGGAGUGUCGCGGGGUCAUCAAGGUCAAAGGCAAAGGCGAGAUGACCACCUAUUUCCUGAAUGGAGGCCCCACCAGUUAGCAAGAAAGAGCCUUUGCUUACAAAGGGACCUAUGAAGCUGGGCUCGGGCAGCAUGGGGAUGAUUGGUUCUCUCUCAUUUCUCUAUUCGUUCUGGGUUUUAGAACAUGCCCUCCUAAAAGGGAACCCCCCUGCAACUACUUCUGAAAUGGGAUUCUCGGUGAUGUUGAAAAAGAGGAGAUGUUGGGGGUCACUUUACCCCAUAUGAGACUUAUUUUUUUAUUUAUUUGGAGCAAAGCCUAACUUGGAGUGCCUCCUUUUGGGCCCAUGUGGGUGCUAUUUUGGGGUAAGGUUUGUUUUAAACUUUCCGCCGCUCCUAGGAUCAAUCAAAGGAUCUGGUGAGGGGAGGUUGCAGUAGGGGUUGAAGGCCCCACCCUUCUGUAUUUGUGGAUCCAGAAAGCUGACAUUUUUGAUGUUAUUGUUGAAGAGAGGCUAUUCCUCCCCCCUCUUCCUUCAGCAUUGCUUGGAUGUUUUUGAGAGGGGGCCCUUUUCUCUUGAGGUGCCCUUUGCUGAUACUUUCUGGAAGCGCAGCAGCAGCAGCAUCACCACUCCUCCCAUUGGGGAGGCGGCUUGCCCCCUAAUCAGUUGGGGUUUUGUUUUUUGUUUUUUGCAUCCCUCAGCUACACCCACUCUGUCUCUUCUGUCUCUCUUUUCUCACACACGCUCACAAACUCACUGUGAAGUUUGGGAAUGUCUCUCUCUUUUUUGUGGUGAGGGGUUGUCACUGGGAGUACAGUUCUCAUUUGCCAAAUUGCUUUGUCUGGAAUUAAGGGGAGUGGUAAUGAACACUUCGGGUGCUUUGAGAGGGGUAAAAAGGGGGGCUGGGGUUGUGGUUUUGAUGCCAAAGAGAAGGUGGAGAAAUGGGCCAUCCCAGCUCCCAUAAUACCUGGGGAAAGAGGCACGCUACUCUGGGGAGGUGCAACCGGUUUUAGGUGCCUGGGGUAGGAGAGAGAAAUGGUCUUGUGUGCAGCCCUCUUCCCUUUUCCUGCAGGAGGGGCCUUCUUCCAAUUCACUGGGACCCCAGAAGAAAAGAAGUAGCAAUUAUUUAACGGGAGCUACCUUCUGGAAUUGGAAGACAGCACACUCUUUCUUUCCAAUACACUGUCAUGGACAUUUGCUGUUAAGUGCCAACUUCUCUCUCUCUCUCUCUCUCUCUCUCUCUCUCUCUCUCUCUCUCUCUCUCUCUCUCUCUCUCUCUCUCUCUCUCUCUCUCUCUGUCUCUCCCCCUCUCCCCUCCUAGUUUUCCUAUUGUCUCAUUCUCUAGGUUCAGCCAGUUGGUUCUUCUGCCCUUUUGGGGGGGGGGGAAUAUACCCCCAUUUUCUUUUGGGUGUAUAAUUACAGUAUCUCCAGGAAAAAAAUGACGCCCUCUCCCUCCUGCUCUUUAUACCAGCUGAUACUGGAAUGGGAGUAGGGUGGGCUUAGGCUAGGUAAUAAGCACUUCCAGCCAUCUGGCUGCCCUAGUAAUAACUUGAUCUGGCCUUCUUACCUGGGAGGAAAAGUGGUAGAUCACAAAAUCAGCAGAAUGAGACCACUGCGUUAAUCACCAAAUUUAAGGUGGAGAGAAUGUGGCACUGGGGUGGAAGAGGGGAAAAUACUCUUUACUCCCUUUAUUUUUAUUUUAUUUGCAAGUGCAGGUGGGAAUUGGGGAUCUGUCUGCACCAAAGUAGUAAUUGGUCAUAGGAACUUCAGAGACUAUCUCUGUAAAAAGUUUUAAAAGAACUUUCUUCUUGUGAGUGGUAAAAGUCUGUGUUCGGAAGAAGUGCUCUAGAAGAACUGAUGUUUGGUGUUGAAGAGCAGGUGAAUGUGGUAAGUGCAGUGUAACUUCACCUUCAGUGGCUUCUACCCAAUGGCACACUUAAUGAGGUUUGGAAUUUCACAGAUUGAUGGCUGCCAUGUUGAAAAUGUUUCAUCUCCUGAUCUAGCCCCUGUAGGGGCAGGGAGAAAUCUGGGAUAGUGAAGACAUACAGCUUACUUAAGUUCUGUCUGUAUUCUUGUUUGUUCUCCCUUUUAUGGAGUGGGUGAGAUGGUAAGCCCCAUGUUGGCUGCAGUUCCUUUUUUCUCUGGAGAAACUAUAUUUGGCCUAUUUUCACUUGACCCUGUUCCAAAACAUCUUUAUCUUCAACUGUGGACUGAAAUGGUUGCAAGCAUGUGUAUGGAUGUGUCCCACCCACUGCCAUUGUUUUGGUCUUGUCCAUCUUGAAUUUAGUGUUGGCAAUUUAUAAUCCCCUUCUCUCUUGUCAAGUGGGAUUCCAGUACUAAAAUAGAUUCCUUGAAAACAAGGUUUAUUUUGCUCAACUCUUUGUCAAAAGUGACACCUAAUGGGGAACAUCUAAGCCAUAGGGAAGCAAGGUAGCUUUGUGAAAUCUCUGUUCUUUUAAGCAGAUGAAUAAAGGGGAAAACAAAUGUUUUUUAAUUGGUGGGGGGGAGAGUUUUUAAAGAGGGAAAAAGCAACUUCUUUUUAGUUUUCUUGAUGGUUUAAACUCUUUUAUUGCAUUAAAAAAAUUAAGAAAGAACUUUGUUUUUUAAUGGACAGCAAGUGCCCCUGUUCAUAGCCUAUGAGUUACUGGCACUCACCUUGGGGGAAGGCUAUGUAGGUGGAAAAAAGGGAGUUUUUUGAAAAACAAACCACGUAACCCAGAUCUCCCACUCCCUCUAGGGCUACUGCUAAAAUGGCUCAGUUGCAUUUCUUGGAUGAAGUGUGUGAGCAGAGUGGGCGAUAUGGCACUUAUUUGGUACUUUUUUUCUUUUUUGUGUGUAUAUAUAAAUUAUAUAUUAAAGAUCACUUUCUAUUA